AUGAACCCUAUGGGUGGCCCCGUUGGAGGUGCCCCCAUGCCUAUGAUGAACAACGGCGCUGUCAACCCCCAGCAGGCUGCUGCGGCUGCUGCCGCCGCCGCGUCUCGCCAGGCAAACGAUAACAACCAGCGCAGCAUCCUUAACACCUAUAUUUACGAGUACUUUAUUCGCAUGGGAAUGUAUCAAUGCGCCCGAUCCCUCCUCGAUAGCGAUCAGCAGGUCAAUGUCUUAAAGGACGGCGCGAACCGUCGUCGCGACGAGAACGGCAAUCUCAUCAACGGCGUCGGCGAUGAUCCCAUGGAUACCGAUUCCAAGGACGAUAUCGAUUCCAAACUCCCCGAAGACUUGCCUCCGCCGAAGCUUCCCAUGCCUGCUUCCGACACUUCUUUUCUCUACGAGUGGUUCUCCGUAUUCUGGGAUAUCUACUACGCGCAGCGAGCCAAGAGCGGAAACAAUACCAUCAACCAAUAUGUUCAACACACUCAGGAACUUCUGCGACAAAUGCGACCAGACUUGACCCCGCAGCAGUAUCAAAUGAUGCGAAUGCAAAACGGUGGCAUGGCUAUGAACAUGAAGCAGGGCAACCUUGCCCGCGCUGCCAUGGCCAACAACCAAAACAACCCUCAAAUGAUGCUACAACAGGCCAAGCAGAACCAGAUGCAACGAGAUCCUUCCGGCAUGGAUGGCCAAAACAGACCUUCAUCCCCGGCUUCUGGGGAGAACGCUCCCUCACCGAAGCGACAACGCAUUGAUGGUGCGCCUUUCAACCAUAACCAGCCCGCUGGCAUGAUGCCCAAUGGCCGCCAAAUGCCUCAGCAGAUGAACGUGCCUAACACUGCCGCUGCGCAACAAAUGCUUACUGCCAAUGGCAUUAACCCCUCGUCACUACACCCUCAGCAACUGGCAAACUUUGCCUCGGCUCCGCCCGCUGCUCAGCAAAAGUCGAUUGCGACAUACUCGCAAACCCUACAGCAACACCAUGGCACUCAAAUGGGAGGCAAGCAGAUGCCGAAUGCUGUUCCUCAAGGUCAAGGAUCUCCAAUGAUGGCACAGGGCCCCGAUGGAACUGCUCUUAAUGCAUUCUACAACCCAGGUGAAAUGGGAGGACCAGGCGGCAUCCGGCCGGGACCUGGCGGUCCCCAAAACGGAGGGGGAAGCAACCAUGCCCUCCAAGACUAUCAAAUGCAGCUAAUGCUUCUAGAGCAGCAGAACAAGAAGCGACUCAUGAUGGCUCGUCAAGAGCAGGACACAGUCGGCGGCAACGGCAUGCCCCGGGAAGGUCAACCCGGACCCGGCGGCCCCCCUGGACCAAACGGCCAGUUCCCGGAUACAUCACCUCAGGCUAUGCGACCAGGCGCUUCCCCCAACCCUGCUGAGCAGAUGAAGCGCGGCACACCUCAGAUGAACAACUCUGGUAUCCCCUCACCGGUUCCCGAGGGCGGCCAAUCCCGUGGCUCACCUAACCCGGCGGCCAUGAACUUCAUGGGCAACAACAUGGAUCCCAACUUGGCGCCUCACUUCUUCAAGGGAAUGGAAGGUAACAUGGGCGGCCAACAACCUAUGAACGGCAUGCGACCACCAAGCUCUCAUCCUCAGCCCGGCCAGCCCUUCAACGGACAGAUGACGCCACAGAUGAUGGCCGCACGACAACAGCAGCAAGGUCAACUAGGACCUCAAGGAAAUCCUCAACAGUGGCAGCAAGGGCCCAACGGACAGAUGGUGCCUCAGCAAAUGCAACAAAGCCCUCAAAUUCAAAACACCCCCCAGCAACGUUCUAUGCCUCCUCCACAGGCACCACCUGGCGCCGCAAACGGAGCCAACAGUCGGACAACAGCCUCCCCUCAACAAGCGGCUGCCGCACCGCCAACUCCCAGCCAGACCAACAAGGCCGCUCCCAAGAAGAAGGAAUCCAAGGCUGCCAAGGACAAGCGCGCUGCUGCCAACAAGAAGGCAAACCAAAAUGUCAACAACGCUGGUGCAACUCCUUCUAACGACAACAACGACUCACAGGAUACUCCCGCUCCUGCGACGCCUAUCCAAAACGCCAACGCUGCCAACUUCAACAAGAAUGCCCAGGCCAACGCCGUCCAAAACGGGCAAACAUCCGGACCAGCUAACGCUCCUGCGGCUACAACCGCACCUCCUCCAGCACAACCAGCUCCCCAGCACGACCCUAAUCAGAUGAUGGGCAUGGAUAACAGCUUUGGCCCACUGUUUGAUGGUGGCGGCAUGGAACUGGCUAACCCUCUUAACUCGGGUGACGUGCUCAACGACUUUGACUUUGACUCGUUCUUGCAUGACCAGGAUGGCGACACCUCGGCCUUUAACUUUACAGAAGCGUUCCCAAUGGGUGACGAGAUCGGGGCAGACUAG